AUGGCAUGCUCAUGUUGCGUAGGCGGGUCGGGCGGUACGCUUGAUGACGCGCUCUACCUCUUUGGCGGAUUCGAAGACAACGGCGAGCGGUCGAGCCGCCUCGUUCAGUACAGCUUUGCGACGCAGAUGUGGCGCACGAUCGAGUGCAGCGGAAACGUCCCGUCGCCUCGCUGCGGGCACGCCUGUGUGAUCGAUGCAGCAAAGAAGGAGCUCUGGCUCUUUGGCGGCCAAGGCCCCGAG